ACUUGAUCUGUCACUCUCCGGCCAAUGCUUGCUGUAAUGUUUCCUUUGUCCGUGUUGCAAAUCACCAUCUAAAUCAUCACUGGAAUAUGCAAUUGAAAAAAGUCCAUUUUACUACCUUGAACAAAGUUGGUGGUUCACAUCGACCCCUGAUCUAUUUUUCUGCCCCUUUCACCCCCUGAUCAAACCCAUACCAGACAAAAAAAAACCCUUGGUGGUUUGUCUCGACCUGGAGCUGACGUGGCGGUGGACAAGGGUGGUUUUUACCGGCUGGUGUGGUAGAGCUGCCCCCCACCCGUUCGUUCUGUUUUCCACAAAUUCCCCAAUCCCCUCCCUCUCUGCCGCCGACGAUGGAAUCGUCGCGGCGGCGCUGAGCCGAAACCAUCGAAGGUGCUCGGACUGGCGGUGGCGGCAGUGUGCCACGGUGAAUCAACCCCAAUCCCUCUUUUCCGCGCGACCGCGCCACCUCUCUUGUCCCCAUCCUCAAAACCCUAGCGUGACGGCGCAUUCGAUGCGGCGGCGGGACUGGUAGGGGUGGACUGAGUGUUUCCGCGGCGUCGGCAAAUUGAGGUUAGUCUCAUCUCCUUCCCCUACUACACAUGGCUGUAGUUGAUUCAUCUGUUAAUGGUCUGGGUCGAGUAGAAUGAAGGAGAAGUUCCUGUUUUUAGAGAUUUAAGUGUUGCUCUAGUUGAUUGCUUGAUUUAAGAGUUGCUUCAUUGUUUUUUAGGAUCAACAAUGGACAAUCUUGAUUGGUUAGGCCUUCGUGUCUAUUACAAUGGUGAAUUUGAAUAUUCAGAGAAGUGUUGCUCUUACGUUGGUGGUUUUGUUGAGGUCACUUUUAUGCAGAGGGACAAGUUGUCCUUAGCAUCUGUCAGGGAGCAGAUUGCAGACAUAAAGAUGACAUACCAUGGUGAGUCUUUGACAGACAAUCAUAGGCUCUACUGGCUGUUUCCUGGAAUGAAUGUUAGAGAUGGGCUGAGAAGGUUAGAGACUGAUGCAAAUGUGUAUUUUAUGGAGAGAUGCAUUACAGAUGGUGGUGUUGUGGACAUAUAUGUGAACUUGGAAACUGAAGGUGGAGAAGAACAAAAUGAAGGAAAUGUAGAAGAGCAACAAGAGAACACUGAAAAUCCUGGAACUGAAAGUCAACAAGAGCACACUGACAGUGAUUGGCAGACAGAGCAUGAGGAGGACCUAGAUGAUUGCUCUGAUGAGGCUGCGGAUGAGCAUGAGCAUGAGGAUGCUGCUGGAACUGCAGCAAAUGUGAAACCUGAAGGUGGAGAAGAGAUCAAUGCAGAAAAUAAAGAAGAGGUUGCUGCUGAUGAAUGUGAAGACCUGGAUUGGUGUCCUGGAGAUGCAGAUAGUUCAGGGGAAGAUGAUGAAGCAGAGGAGCUGAGAAAGCAUGCUAAGGAAGUGCUUAGAAAGAUAAGGAUGAACUUGCCACUUGAUGAAGAGAAGGAGAUCAAGGAAAAUACAGCACAGUUAAUCCUUGUAGAUGAAAUGGAUGAGGGAAAUGACACUCCUUACAUGGAUUCCAGUGAGGAGUACAGUUAUGAUGAGGAUGAGUUUGGAAAUUUCAUUAGGAGGGAAUCAAGAUUUCCAAGAUUUGAUAGCAAGGCUGCAAUUCCUGUCUUUUGCCUUGGCAUGGUAUUUAGGGGGAGAAAACAGUUCAAGAAUGCUGUUGUGAAAUAUGGUCUAGCAAUGAGGAGACAAAUUACCUUCAUAAAGGAUGAGGCUAAUAGGAUUAGAGCAAAAUGCUCUUGGCCUGAGUGUCCAUGGUUGAUAUAUGCUGGACAUGUGAGCUCUAAUGACUGGUUUCAAGUGAUCACAUUUGUAGACAACCACAUAUGCCCCCAGAGGAGAGACAACAGAUUGGUUACUGCAGCUAGAAUAGCAGAUAAGUAUGAGAGAAUUAUGAAGGCCAAUCCUGGAUGGAAAAUCAAAUCUAUCAAGGAAACUGUCAGGUUGGAGAUGUUUGCAGAUGUGCAUGUCUCCAAGAUAAAGAAAGCAAAGGCAAUUGUGAGAAGAAGAGUUAGAGAAGCAAUGCAUGAAGAAUAUGCUAGGGUUUUUGAUUAUCAACUAGAAAUAUUGAGGAGCAAUCCAGGUAGCACCGUUGCAGUAGUGCUAAAUCCAAAGGAAAGUGCCCCUGUUUUUCAGAGAUUAUAUGUGUGUUUCCAUGCCUGCAAAAGAGGUUUCAUAGAAGGUUGCAGGAAAGUUGUAGGAUUGGAUGGUUGCUUCUUUAAAGGAGCCCAGAGUGGAGAACUGUUGUGUGCUCUUUGGAGAGAUGCCAAUGGGCAAAUGUAUCCAAUAGCCUGGGCUGCUGUAGAGGUUGAGAACAAAGACUCUUGGUUCUGGUUUAUGGCUCUGCUAAACAAAGACUUGGAAAUUGAAAAUCAAGGAGAAGGGUGGGUCUUUAUAUCAGAUCAACAAAAAGGCCUCAUCAAUGCUGUGUCCAAGGUUGUUUCAAAUGCUGAGCAUAGGAAUUGUGCUAGGCAUAUCUAUGCUAAUUGGAAGAAAAAGCAUAGAGAUCAAGCAUAUCAGAAAAGAUUUUGGGCUUGUGCAAAAUCUUCAAACAGGAUACACUUCAACUUGAACAGGGCCAAACUUGCUCAACUCACACCAGAUGGAGCAAGAGACAUGAUGCAAUCAGGCCCAGAACAUUGGUGUAGAGCUUGGUUCAAAGAAGGUUCAUGUUGUGAUUCUGUGGAUAAUAACAUGUGUGAGAGUUUUAACAACUGGAUAGUAGAGUACAGAGGGUUGCCUAUUAUCAGCAUGUUUGAAGCAAUUAGAGCAAAGGUCACUAAAAGAAUUCAAGUAAACAGAGCAAUGCCUGCAAAAUGGAAUGGAACUAUUUGUCCUAAAAUUAUAAAAAAGGUCAACAAGCUGAUACAGCUUACUGAGAAGUGUGAGACAAUAUGGAAUGGAAAAGAUGGAUAUGAGGUGAAACUAGGGAAGCAUGGUUUCAAAGUUGACAUGGAAGCUAAAAUAUGUUCAUGUAGAUAUUGGCAACUGUCUGGAAUUCCAUGUGUUCAUGCUCUUGCAGCAACUCAAUGUGGUCCUGAUGACAUUGUUUCACUCAUUGCAAGCUGCUACACAAUUGAAGCUUACAACAGGACUUAUGAGCAUUGCUUGAUGCCAAUGGAAGGCAUGCCUAGCUGGCCUGUGUCUGACAGACCAAGGCUAGCUGUUCCAGGCUAUGUGCAAAUGCCUGGGAGACCUAGGACUGAGAGAAGAAGAGGUGCAGAUGAGCCUCCAAAACAUCCACACAAGCUUUCAAAAAUUGGAAGAAAAGGUAAGUGCAGUCUGUGUGGACAACCUGGGCACAACAUGAGAAAGUGCACAAGUAAUCCCAACAGGGGGAAAUACAAGAAUAAGAAGAGAAAGAAAGAGACAAAGCAAAAUGAACCAAGAACAUCACAGAGAGUCACUAAGGGAACAUCUACAGGGGACAGGGCACAAUCUUCACAACAGGGCACCCAGCAACAUUCUUCACAUCAAGGCACACAACACCAAUCUUCACAGCAGGGCACCCAAACCAAACCUACAAGUGGAAGGGCCCCUAAACAAGUCAACAAAACUGCACCUAAAGAUAAAAUGUGCAAGAGACCAGGAGCAACUUCUAGGCAGAGGAGGACCGUGAGCAUGUUUGAUGAACUUAGGAGUUAGAUACCUGGACCUGUUUACUUUACAAACCUGGUGGCUGUAGCUGCUUGGUUUGCUGGUUAUUUGCUGGAUUAUGAAGUAGUGUGUUGGCUGGAGAACAUGAAGUACUUAUGUUUGUGUGUUUUGUGCUUGCUGGCUAAAGAUUAUGA